GUACGACGGUCAGUGGAUGGCUGAUCAGAAGCACGGGCAUGGAAGGGAAAUGUGGUUCGAGGACAAAUCCGUCUUUGUGGGAGAAUACAGGUUAUGCACGCAGUGAAAUUCAAAUUCGAAUUUGUCAGCAUAAGUCAUCAAUGUUGGUUCUGUUGUGAAGUAGUUGCACCACAAGGUCAAUCGAUGGAGGAGGUUCUGUUGUGAAGCUGCAUCACAAAGAAAGGUGUUCCUCUCUGGAGGCUGAUCCGUCUUGACUCGCCCUUUCUAAUCAAGGCAGGCAUGAAACAUGGCCGAGGGAGCUACCUUUGGGACGACGGCUCGCAAUACGAAGGCGACUUUUGCAAUGAUAUCAUUGAGGGCAAAGGUAUUCAGAAACCUUUUUGUCAUCUUUAAUAUCUUCUGCUCCGUCGUCCUCGUCCUCUAAAUCUUUUCUGAAUAUGGGACAUCUUCGAGACCUUAAUAUUCGGGGAAGAGACAUAACGCUCACUAAUAGAUACAGCUGAAAUAGCAAGGAACGUGAACGUCUACAAGUAAGUUUCAGUUUGAUCGCUUCACUUUCAUCACAUGAAACUAGGUGUCUACAAGUGCGCCAAAUCAACGUAUGAAGGGGAAUUUCAUGCGAGUAUGCAACAUGGGCAAGGUGUCCAGCGGUGGCUCGAUGGCCGUGUCUACGAGGGAAAUUUUACUUAUGACGGGAUCAUGUUUUUGUUGAUGCAGCGGUGUACCAGAUGCAGUGUGUAGUUUUCAUUUCGUUCUCAGGCAGUCUUGGUAGGCGUACCCGUACUAGAGAAGCCAGUGCCAGGGUUAUGAGACACGUCGCCGUGGUCAUCCAAGAGUAUCUUGGCCUUAAUUUCUUCUAAUCCUCCGAAAACCAUCGCGAUGGUGAAGGAAAGAUGACCUGGCCUGAUGGCCAUGUUUAUGCGGGUCAGUGGUCACGAGGGCAGCAGCAUGGCAAGGGGGUUGAGGGCCGUGCAGGCAAUCAGACAGCUGUAGUCUACAAAAACGGGGUAAAAACGGCAAAGGGUGGAGUAGCUGCUGCGACCAAUAAGAAGGCUACAGGAGGGGUUAGGGAUGGGGCGAAGGUGGGAGCAUAA